AUGUCUGGUGUACGCAAGUUGGCGUGUGAAGGUUGCAGGAAGCGCAGAAGGCGGUGCGAUAAGAAGGUGCCAUGUUCAAAUUGCGUCAAGCACAAGAUCGAGUGUGUUAUGACCAAUAAUGAUCUGAGGAGUAAUAGAACUUCAGUAGCAUAUGUGCAGAGUCUUGAGAAGCGGGUUAAAGACUUGGAGAUGCACAUUACACAGAUGCGUGGGACUGUUGACUCUGGGAUCGAUGAGGUGGAAAGUGUGGGCUCGCUGAAUGCGUCUGAUGGUUCCGUUGAGAACUUGAAUAGCGGUGGUCUGAGUACAAAUAUCGGUAUAUAUCCAUCAAAUUCGUUGUCAUUGAAGAGACCCAGGCCACCUAUAACUCAAACAAGCUCUCAGAGGCAGUUGUUAAACUUGAGCAAAAAUCCAACCAUUUUGAAAGGCUUAUCGUUGUUCUUCAAAUGGUUGUACCCUGGUCAUUUUAUGUUUAUUCAUAGAGAGACAUUCCUUAAUUCAUUUUUUGGUGAUUUUAACACAAAGAGUUAUUACUGUUCUGAGGAGUUGGUGUAUGCAAUAUUUGCUCUAGGUGCACAGAUUGCUGACAGAUCAGAUGAUGUAGCCAACAUGGGUGCCGAGUACUACAGAAGAUCAAAGAGUAUGGUAUUGACUAAGAUAUUUCAACUGAAUGAAGAUCUUAAUGAUGAAUCCACAUCGUCAUCAAAACUAGCCAUAAUUCAAACUUUAUUAUGCUUAGCAUUUUAUGACAUAGGCCAUGGUGACAACCCAAUGGCAUGGUACUUAUCUGGACUGGCUUUUAGAAUAUCAUAUGAAAUAGGUUUACAUUUGAACCCAGAAGCUUGGGCCCAUGUUUACGAAGAUGAGCUAUCUGGGGUUGAUAUCGAGGUGCGUAGUAGAGUUUAUUGGGGUUGUUAUAUUGCUGAUCAUUUGAUUACGUUAUUAUUUGGAAGAACCACAAUUUUAAAACUUUCGAACUCCACAGUGCCGGAGACUGACGAACUGCCUGAGAUAGAGUCUGGUAUUGAAGAUUUUAUAUUUGAUCCCAAAUGCACUUUAUCAAUGGCCAAGCCUUUAAAGAACCUGAUUGUGGUUUGUAGAAUUACGGAGGUGUUCGCGCCGAAGAUAUUUGGCCAGUCGGAGUUUCCUAUGCAGAGAAGAGAACACUUAUCGAAGUUCAAUUUAGAAAUGUAUAACUGGCGAAAAGACCUGCCAAAGGAACUCCGGUGGUCUAGAUCCACGAUAAAGAAUAUGCACGAUUUUAACCCAUCCAGGGCAUACAUAUGGUUUCACUACUAUCUUGUACUGAUAUCCUACAACAAGCCAUUUUUGGAAGAACUUAAACUAAGUAGAGAGCUGAUCACGGAGCACAUAGAUGAAUUGUCUUUACUGUUGGAAGGUUGGGAAAUAAAAUUCGGUGGCUUUCAAACAACCAAUUUGUACAUGGUAUACUGCGUGAUCCUUUCAUUACAAUGCAUGAAAACGGAAACCAUAAGUAACAGGCAUUACAAGCAAUUCAUGGCGUUCUUAAAAUCGCCAUCGUUAACAUAUGAGAUAGCAAAGAAAUUUGUCGAUAACGACAACGAACCCGCAGGUACAGAGCCUCUGGACCUUUUAUUAGGUACAUUAUCCAGCGGUACAGACUUGAAACUCGAAUAUAACUUGGAUUUCACACUGCUAAAUGAAAUUGAUCUGUUGAUUGGCGGAUCAAAUGGUCCAAUGCUAUGA